CCGCGGCGCGCCGCCCGGCCACCGGAGGGCUCCCGGGAGAUUAUAUCGGGCCGGCCGGGCCGGGAUUGCGCGUUUAGUUUUCUCGCAGGGCCGAGAGGCACGAUGGCGCUACUGGGCAUCAGGGUGGUGGAGCUGGCCGGCCUGGCCCCGGCCCCGUUCUGCGGAAUGGUCCUCGCCGACUUCGGGGCGCAGGUGGUGCGCGUCGACCGGCCCGGCACCUUAGCGGACCUGAGCCACCUGGGCCGAGGCAAGCGCUCGCUGGUGCUCGACCUGAAGCGGCCUGGGGGCGCGGCCGCGCUGCGGCGCAUGUGCGCACGCGCGGACGUGCUGCUGGAGCCCUUCCGCCGCGGUGUCAUGGAGAAACUUCAGCUUGGGCCAGACUUUCUGCUGCAGGAGAAUCCAAGGCUCAUCUAUGCCAGGUUGAGUGGAUUCGGCCAUUCAGGAAGUUUAUCCAAGGUAGCUGGCCAUGACAUCAACUAUUUGGCUUUGUCAGGUGUUCUGUCAAAAAUUGGCAGGAGUGGUGAUAAUCCAUAUGCUCCGCUGAAUCUCCUGGCUGACUUUGGUGGCGGCAGCCUCAUGUGCACGUUGGGCAUUGUGAUGGCUCUUGUGGAGCGCAUGCGCUCUGGCAAAGGUCAAGUCAUCGAUGCAAACAUGGUGGAAGGAACAGCCUAUUUAAGUUCUUUCAUAUGGAAAACUAAAAAAUCAGGUUUGUGGUGUGAACCUCGAGGAGAGAACCUAUUAGAUGGUGGGGCACCUUUCUACACAACUUACAAGACAGCAGAUGGGGAGUUCAUGGCUGUUGGAGCAUUGGAACCCCAGUUCUACCAGCUGCUGAUCAAAGGACUUGGACUGAAGUCUGAUGAACUUCCCAGCCAGAUGAGCCAGGCCGAUUGGCCGGAAAUGAAGAAAAAAUUUGCAGAUGUCUUUGCCAAGAAGACCAAGGCAGAGUGGUGCCAGAUCUUUGAAGGCACGGAUGCUUGCGUGACCCCAGUGCUGACGUUCGAAGAGGCUGCGCAUCACAAUCACAACAGAGAACGGGGCUCGUUCUUCACUGAUGAGGAGCAGUGUGUGAAUCCUCGCCCUGCGCCUCGGCUGUUGCGCACGCCAGCUAUCCCUUCUACCAAAAGGGAUCCACUCAUAGGAGAGCACACGGAAGAGAUACUUAAAGAAUUUGGAUUUAACCAGAAAGAGAUUGAUGAGCUGUACUCAGAGGGAAUCAUUGAAAGUAGGAAGUCAAAAUCCAAUCUCUAGUUUCCAGGCUCAUAGCUCAAGGGAAUUUGGUUAUUUUCACAGUGGAGAAUAAUUCAGAAAGAGGGAGACAUGGAAAUGUGAAUGAACGGUAAUGCAGUGAUCCAGGGGUCCUAAUCAUGAAACAGUUAAAAACUGAUUACAUUGUACUUGUCCUCUGAAAACGAUUGUCAUCAGGGCAUUUAAUUGAGGAAUUCUUUUGUGAACUUAUAUUAGCUUGUGACAGCAUUUUCUGUCUUCCAAUUUACUUCAUAAAAUGUAUUUGUUGACAUUAAAAUGCUUUAAAAUCUA